GGGCUCGGCCUCGCCAUGCCCCGCCCCAAGCCCACCCCCCGACGGCGCGGCCGCCCCCCAGCCCCCCCAUCGCCCCGGCCGCGGGCACGCAGGCGCCGCCCGGGUCAGCGAGCACUGCAGGAGAUCCGCAGGUACCAGAGCAGCACCCGCCUGCUGCUGCGCCCUGGCCCCUUCGCCCGCCUGGUGCGGGAGCUCUGCCUGCUCUUCACCCGGGGGGUCGAUUACCGCUGGCAGCGCAUGGCCCUGCUGGCACUGCAGGAGGCAGCAGAGGCCUUCACUGUGCGGCUGCUGGAGGACGCGUACCUGUGCUCGCUGCAUGCCCGCCGAGUCACCCUGUUCCCCAAGGAUCUGCAGCUGGCCCGGCGCCUGCGGGGCCUCGAGGGGGGGGGCAUCUGAAGGGGGACCCCCUGAACUCCUGUACAGAGACCCACUCCCUGGGACCCCUGUACCAGGACCCCCACCCUGGCGCUCUCUCCUGACAAUCUC